GCGAAUUUUGAUUUCCGCGGGUAUUAGAGGUCGCUGCACUUUUGUGUAGUGGCGUGCGUUCUUCGUUGACCUCGGAUUACUCUUAUAUAUUUGCCGAUUUGUGAGACCACAUGUGAGAUUCCCUUCCCUGUCUGUGCUGCAUCAUGAAUUCUGAACAUGAUGCCAUCCAAAGUACGACCGUGUUUGGCACUAACGGACCCUUAGUAGAUCAUCUAAACACCGGUGAUUCUGGUACAUUUGACUCUAGAAUAGGUGGUGAUGAUACAAAGUUAUCUUCAACUCUCAGGUCCUAUCCUGAUAGUUCAAGGUCAGCAACCGGAUUUCGUGGUCACAAACACGGAAACCCUUUGCAAGCACUCAGUGAGCUCCUUGGGCAAAACUUGAAGAUCGAGGGUCUUGCGGAUUUCAAGGGCCAACUUCCAACCAUUCCAGUGAAUGACCUCCGGGGUGAGGAAGCUUCCGCCUAUUCCCGUGAGGAAUGUACCCUUCGGCGAAGUCUGGCAGCGUUAUACCGUCUCGUGGAUGUUCGUGGAUGGACCCAUUCGAUUUACAAUCACAUAUCGGCAAGGUGUCCGGACAACUCCCACCAUUUCCUUGUCAAUCCCUUUGGUUUGUUAUACCAUGAGAUUCAAGCAUCCUGCCUGGUGAAAAUCGAUGAAGAAGGUAACGUUAUCCAACAAGGUAGCACAGUGUUGGGUGUCAACAAGGCCGCUUGGACGUUACAUUCCGCCCUGUACGCGUCUCGACCGGAUGUCAACUGCAUCGUUCACAUACACCUGCCAGAUGUUAUCGCGGUCUCUUGUAUUCGGGCUGGUCUGCUGCCCGUUAGUCCUGAGGCCAACGAACUUCUCAGUUCCAUUGGUGUGCAAUAUCAUGACUACCACGGAAUCCUGGUCGACGAUGCAGAAAAGGGUAGCAUACAGAAGGACCUUGGACCCAAAGCCAAAGUGCUGUUUCUACGAAACCACGGUGUUGCAGUCGCAGCCUCAAGUGUUGCUGAAGCUUGGUAUGUACUCAAGCGUGUUGUUGCCGCCUGUCAAACGCAGGUUGUACAGUUGUAUGGUCGGGAGAAGUGGCCUGUGCGAGCAGCGGAACUUAAACGUCUCCAGAUCUUCGACAACCGUCGUUUCAAAACCGUGGUUCCUUUAGCCUGGUGCCGGCGAAUUGGCAAGGAGACAGUUGGGGAAAAUCUUUCAGCCGUAACACCCUCUCAGUGCAUUGCUGUCAUGCCACCGAAAGGGAGCAUGAUGGCUGAGAUACUGCCAGGUAGCCCGAACCUUGACAGCAGUCGAGAUGCAAAGAUGCGAAUGCUUCAGCUGACCGGCGGAGCUAGUAUGUUGGCCGAUCUGAAAGCAACGGCAGCGUAUUUGAUGGAUGGUACUUCCAGCUCUGCACCGCGGCCAUUCUCAGACCUUGAUGGUGAUGAUGAAAUGAACGAUGCCCAUGGGCACUCACUUUUAAAUGGGAAAGCCCGUAGCGGAUCCGGAGAAAUAUCCUGGGCACCAGCAGAACUGGAGUUCGAAGCCGAAAUGCGGGUACUCGACAGUGCUGGAUUUCGGACCGGUCAUGUCUAUCGGCAACCGAAUCUGCUCCGAAGAGCACAUGCCGCGUCCACAUGGGCUGGAGACACGCUAGGCGAUCAAAUGACUGGUGCCGACUUGUUUACCACGGAUUUCUCGGCAACUGAAUUUAGUGCUACUGAUGAUGUCGCGGCCGCGGAGGCUGCCGGGGUUCAGCAAGUGGCUAAAAUCGUGGACAGCGUGAAAGCCAAUCGGUUGAAGAGUGUGCAACGCAACCAAUGGUUAUCAGACAAACGGGACCCCACAGCACCAGGUCUUGUGAGCAGUUCGAUGGUGGCCUCACCCGGUUCCAACCAGUCUGCGAACUUGACACCGGUUGUUAGACCGGUACACUCGUUUCACAAUCCUCCACCCGAUUCCCCAGUCACUACUCCUCUGAAGCGUCCACCCUUGGGUUACUCACCAUCCAGUUUACCAAGAGCCCCCAGCUCCCUACAAGACGGAAGAAGCAGUCCUAUGUUGAACGGCGAAUCGCUGAUUGUCACCCGGUCCCCUCCGGAUCAGCUAAGACCAGCGAUCAAAAGUGCUACCCUGCCGGCCUCAGUGAAGAACCGCGCCGAGGUCAAUGCCCACACUACCAACACAUUGCAAUCCGCUGAUGGUUUGGCGCUCAGUGGUGACGAAGAGAAAUCAAAAAGUGAAAAGAAGGUCAGGAAGAAGGGGAGUUUCCGUAUCCCGUCAUUCUCCCGGAAGAAAAAGCACUAGUUGCCGCAUAGACUCCCCCACAUUCGCCUUGCUUCAGCACAGCAAGUCAUCCGAUCUAGUUUGCUCUCGCCAGCGGGAUGGUCUGUUUGUGUAAUUCUACCCCACUUCAUUAUUUCGCGAUUCGUUUAUGUGCCCCAACCCUCCCCAAAGCGCAUCAGUGCUGCAUAAAUCUAUUUUUCAUACUUGUCUCCUGAGCCCUCGGUGUGUUACGCCCACUUGUCAGGUUCCAUUCUAUAAGGGUAACUUUGUUUCUCUUUUGGUCUAUUUGUUGAUUCUAAUUGUCGGAUCAACCGAUUGUUGCGACUCAUCUCUCCUGUGGGUCGGUUCGGUGUACUACAACCCCUCUCGUGUCUACUCCGCAAGCGCCUGCAUCAAGUUGUCCUUUCAUCGUAUCGCUUGCAGUGGGCAAAAUACCCGUGUGCACUUGUCACCUCACUGUUUUGUGUUUCUGUCAUUUCGAAGUAGUUCUUGCGGUACCAGUGUUCUCACGUUUGAAUCCCCCCCGGGUUUGGGUGAUUCGAAUUGAUGUUUUCCCAUUCUCCUUGAUUGUUGCUUUCAGUAAUUCAUGUACUCGGUUUCCUACACAGCCUCUGCCACCACGGGCGUUUUUCCAAGUUCCUCGGUUCCUCUACUUUUGUCAGCUGCUUUUGUGUGAACUGUUACCCAUGGAUUUUCGGAACCCUGCCAUCUGCUUCGCUCACGUCCUGCACUUAUUUUGCUUUUGAUGACGCCUAGCCUGUCCCCAGUGUUUAGUACGAACCAUGGACACUAUUCUAUCUAGAAAGCUGUACUAUUAUCAUUCGUUGCUUUUCCAUACCCAGUGAUUCUUUAUGGCCUACCUGUUAUUUCCACUUGUGUUAGGUAUCUUGAAUUAAUGGCUGAGCGUCUGGCAACUCGGCACCCGCAUUGUUUUCACGUCCACCCGAACAUUACAUCCAGCUAGACAGCUGAUCCAUCUUACGUGGCCCAUAUUCUUUGUGUUUUACACCUCAUUGUCAAGAUCCAUCGAAUGACGUCGAUGAGUUAACCUUUUUCUAGUGUUUGCCUUCCGUCUGAUUAACUCCUAUGUGAUGAUCAACAUGUGUGUUUCGUUCGUCGGCCUAGCUGCAUUUUAUUCAGGCUGAAGAACAGCACAGGUCAUUCUAAUCUUCACUGUCGCCACUGCUUUCGGAACCCAUUUUCGCGCUUCGCUGCCGCUUUUGCCUCCUGUCACGUUGUCCACUACACGCAUUGUAUUUCGAAUUGUUCGUUCAUUUGUUUUAAUUCCGUUUUUUGGGUAUCGCAGUGGCGAGAAUCCAACGGGAAAUGUUUCUCCUCUUCAUUUUAGUGCUGAAUAAACCAAGAUAUUCUCUUUCACUCCGUUGAAAUGAUUUGUUUUCGGUUUUCACUUACGUAACCAGAAGGCCUAUCUUCUAAGCGUAGAGAAUGAAACUCCGCUUUUGGUUUUCUUUACACAGGUCUGGUUGAUCUCGGUCGUUUUAGUGAGACACACUGAAUUUC